GACCAGCUCUUAGUCACCCUCGUCACCUACUUCUCAGGUCCUCCUUUGUUUGCCAGCUCCUAGGACUGACGGUAGCCCAUAUUUCUUAUCUAGUUGACGGAGAAAAGCACACACAGCUGAUGCUUGUGGACAGGGAGUCGCCCCUCGAAAGCGACACACACUCGCCCAGCGCCAUGGAGGAAAACUGGAACCGCGCAGUGAAAGGCCUGACUGAUUUUAUGGGCUUUCUGAACCGGAGUCCCAAAGAAGAAAGCAGCAGCCCGAAGGCGACGGCGACAGCAGAGGCGGCGAACGCGGGGACUUUGCUACCAGACGAAGAAGAAUUUCAGCAUGCUGCUAAAACUAAUAAUCUGGACACGAUGGAAAGACUGUUUAAGAAAAGAAUUAAUAUUAAUGCUGUAAAUAAUCUGAAGCGCACAGCACUCCAUUUUGCUGUUGCAGGAAAUCAUGUAUCUGCAGUAGACUUUCUCCUCCAUCACAAAGCCAGAGUUGAUGUAGCAGAUAAGCAUGGACUUACUGCAAUUCAUCUUGCUGCGUGGUCUGGAAAUCUGGACAUAAUGCUGAUGUUGAUUAAAGCAGGCGCUGAUCAAAAAGCUAAGAACAAGGAGGGAAUGAAUGUCCUGCACUUUGCAGCCCGGAACAAUAAUGUUAGAAUAGUGGAUUAUUUUAUCCAAGAUCUUCACUUGAUGGAUCUUAAUAAGCCUGAUGAGAAAGGUAGGAAGCCAUUCCUUGUUGGAGCUGAAAUGGGCCACGUAGAAAUGACCAACGAGUUGAUUUCCCUUAACUUAUCCACCUCAGAAAAGGACAAUGAAGGAAACACUGCAUUGCACCUGGCUGCUAAAAAUGGUCACAGUGAGGUGGUAGAAGUUAUUCUUCAAGAGUGGAAAGAAAUAAAUGAGUUAAAUGAGAAUGGUGAAACCCCGUUUUACCUAGCUGUGGAAGGAGGGCACGAAGGGUGUGCCGAUCUGUUAUUGGAAGCCGGAAGUGACAUCAAUAUCUCCAACAAACACAAUACCAGUGCAUUGCAAAUAGCAACCCAGAAUGGACAUACAGCUUUGGUCACGUUUCUUAUCAAUAAAAAUAUAGAUCUGGGAGUGCAUCCUCAGCAAAAGAGUCCUCCACUCCAUUUGGCGAUCUUAAAAAAUAACCUACCUGUGGUAAAUAGUUUAAUAGAAGCUAACCAUGAUAUAAACUCGCUCGAUCAGAGACAUCAAACACCUUUACACCUGGCAGCAGACCUUGGAAAUGUGGAAGUAAUUGAAAUGCUGCUAAAGGCAGGUUGUGACUUGAAAAUUGUGGACAAGCAAGGAAAAACUGCACUAGCUGUAGCUUCCAGGAGCAAUCAUGCCUUAAUUGUAGAUAUGAUUAUAAAAGCAGAAAGGUAUUACACCUGGAAACAGGAGCAACUUCAAAGUGGUGAUGAUCCGCAAAAUGAUAUUCUGUCUUUUAAACAAGAUCACGGUGUGCAGACCAAACAGAUUCGCUCCUCCCUUUGGAAUCUUGCUUACAACCAGUUAAAAAUGCGUGAGUGGACAAAACUGGCACAAUUUUGGAAGUUUACAGAUGAGCAAGUCAAAGCUAUUGAAGAACAGUGGACAGGAAAAAAGAGCUACAAGGAACACGGACACAGAAUGCUUCUCAUCUGGUUGCAUGGCGUCCUAAUGGCUGGCCAGAAUCCAGUUAAAUAUUUGUAUGAAGAUCUGGUAAAAGGAGGAUUCAGAGAUCUAGCUGAGAAAAUCAGAGCAGAAAAUAAUGCUGGCACAGAAUCAAAGAAAUGUGCAAUUUCAUGAACUCAUCCACCAAAGAGCUGGAAACUACAUACAUUCUGGAAUUUACAGGUGCCAUUUUUAUUUUUCAAUAGAAGAUGCUUCUUCAAAAGCAGCCAGUUUGUUCCCCAAACUUCUGUUUCAAUGCACUGAAACAUAUUUGUACGACAAAAGGUUUUUGGUUUUUUGGCAAGAGAAUACCAUGUAUUUUUCUUACGGCAAACAAUUCUAUAGUGGACAUGUGAAUUAAAACUUUGCGUUAGAUACUUAACAGAA